AAGUGUUUUCAAAGAGAAAAAAAUAUCAACCAUGUUCUUUUGAUUGUUCUCUGUAUUUCUUCAUUUUUAUCUGGUAUUGUAGUGUUUUUAUUAGAUAUGGCAUCAAUGCAGGGCUGGCUGGGAAUGUAUGUUAAGGUGGACUGUAGAAAUCUUGGAAUAUUUGAAGGAAAAGUUGCAAAUAUCGAUGGCACCAAUCAGAUCAUUGUUCUUGAAGAAGCUUGUAUGAAUGGUAAAAGUGUACACUCCAAUGAAGUACAAAUCUGUGCAAGUGAUAUUAAAAAUCUUGAAAUAUUAUCAGCCCCUCCUGAACAAGCAAAAGUCCGAAAGACAUCAGGGGGGAGUGCCAGUAAGCAGUCAGGGAUAAAGUCAACACCAAGCAAGGCGGAACCAAGCCCUGCAAAGCAUGGGAAGUCUAAAAAGUCUAGCACUUUUCCAGGUGACAAAAGUAUAACCCCAAGAAAAAAUCAAAAUGCUAAAAGCAAGUCUUUAAAAGAAAAGGACAAGGAAUGCUUUGGUCAAAGUUUGCUGGACAUGAUGACACCAGAUUUUGACUUUGAGAAAAAUCUUGCAAAUUUUGACAAGAAAGCUGUAUUUGAAGAGAUUGAGAGCUCGGGUUCUGACUGUGGAGUGAGAAAAGGCUUCAAAGAAUUCAACCUGAAACCCACUGAGAGUGUCCUUGAACAUGAACCUGUUAUACAAAGACAAAUUUGUGUGCCAUCAGAGCACAGAGGCAAGGAGUUUCUAUCAGACAAUGGUAUAGUGGUACCAGCAGUUUCAAUAGAACUUAAAAAUACACUCUUUGAAAUGUCAGAACAAAUGGGUCUUUCACAAGAACAAAGAAUAGAAUGUGCUGGAAUGUGUGCUUUUCAGAUGGCCAUGCAAGUGUUAGGUGGUUCUCGUAGAUUUAAUAAUCUGAAUGAUAUGCCAAGUGUUGUGGUAAUGGCUGGACCACACAUACAGGGACUACAGGGUAUAUGUACUGCACGGCACUUGGCCAACAAGAAGAUCAAUGUUACCCUAUUCAUUCCACGUAAAACACAGGAGCUCAUUCCUCAGCUUGCCUUGUACAUGCAUACUGGAGGAAGACUGGCAUCUUCUGUUAAAGAUUUUCCACAAUUCCCAGUAGACCUUGUGAUAGAUGCAUUAUUAGACCAUGAAAAGAGUAGCCCAAUACUGGAACAGACGCUGAAUGCAGUGGAAUGGGCCAAUGACAACAAAGCACCAGUCCUAGCAAUUGAUCCUUGUGAAUUCAAUGCUGUCCUAGGUCUAGAAGUAAAGUGGUCUUUAGCUUUAGCCCUUCCUCUGGUUGGAACACCUAAAACAGGGAGGCUCUUCUUAGGGGAUGUUGGGAUACCAAAGGGGGUAUUUGCAAGCGCUGGCAUCAAAUAUAUAUCCCCCUUCACUGACAAGAUUGUGAUUCCACUCAAUGACCGAUAACCAAUGAUGCAAGAUGAUACAGCAACGUGGUGUGCAGUGAUUGUACCCAAUCCGUAUGUCAGCCAAUAAGACCACCUAGCAAAGUAUUUCCCAUCAUCCCUCAGUAAUUGUGCACUGAGAAAUACAAGCUGUGUACAGCGGAAUCCGCAAUGUCCGCAUCUCUUUAUCCUUGCCUUAAUUACGUCACUUCUGGUGAAAGUGAUUUAUUCGAGAGACAAAGUUAGAACUCAAUACUUAAUUCUUGGUGAAAAUAAGUCUUUGUCUAUGAAAGUUUUGUUUUGCAUUGUAUAUACAUCAUUUCAUACAAUGUUAGACCACGAUGUACAACUUUAUAGAUGGUCUCUUUAGAUUCAUUAGUGGUUGACAGUGGUGAUCGUGUAGCCAGUUCUUAUGAUAUUGUUGUGAAGGGUCCUGUGUAAUGGUGCUUUCUAAAUAAACAUGAAUGGUGUCUAUGAAGUAAA